UUCUCUCUCUCUUCCCUCUUUCUCUCUCUAAAAAGCCCCCUUUUUUAUUUAUACCCCUCCAUGUCUCCCAAUUUCCUCUAAACCCCAUUUCCCCCAAUUCUAUUUCAAUUCAGUCCCCAUGGCCUUUUUCUUUUUUCUCCUCUUCUUUUCCUCUGUUUUCGCCUCUUCUCUCUUUCUCUUUCUCUUUCUCCGCCCGGCGAGAUUCCGGCGUGUCAGGCUGCCACCGGGGACACUCGGCCUCCCCUUCAUCGGUGAGUCUCUUCAACUCAUCUCCGCUUACAAGACCGAGAACCCCGAACCCUUCAUCGACGAGCGUGUCCGACGAUUCGGACCGGUUUUUACAACCCACGUGUUUGGAGAGCCGACGGUUUUCUCCGCGGAUUGGGAGACGAACCGGUUCAUUCUCCAGAAUGAGGAGAAGCUUUUCGAGUGCAGCUACCCGGGUUCGAUUUCCAACCUGCUUGGGAAGCACUCUUUGUUGGUGAUGAAAGGGAGUUUACAUAAGAGAAUGCAUUCUUUGACUAUGAGCUUCGGGAAUUCUUCCAUUAUUAGGGAUCAUCUUUUGGUCGAUGUGGACCGGUUGAUUCGCCUCAAUUUGGAGUCUUGGACCGGCAGGAUCUUCCUCAUGGAGGAGGCUAAGAAGAUAACGUUUGAGUUAGCAGUGAAGCAAUUGAUGAGCUUUGAUCGGUGUGAAUGGACUCAAAAUCUGAUGAAAGAAUACCUUCUUGUCAUCGAAGGCUUUUUUACCGUCCCUUUCCCUCUCUUCUCCUCUACUUACCGUCGAGCCAUCCAGGCACGUGAGAAAGUGGCGGAGCAAUUGGGGACGGUGGUGCGGCAGCGGAGGAAAGAGACCAAGGAGGGAGAGAGGAAGAAGGACAUGCUUGGAGCUCUCCUCGCCGGAGAAGACGCCCUCUCCGACGACCAAAUAGUCGAUUUCUUAUUGGCUCUACUGGUCGCUGGAUAUGAAACCACGUCAACCACCAUGACCCUCGCCGUCAAGUUUCUCACGGAGACGCCGCUGGCUUUGGCCCAAUUACAGGAAGAGCACCACCAAAUCAAAGCAAGGAACAAGCAAUCACACCAACACCUUCAAUGGAAUGAUUACAAGUCCAUGCCUUUCACCCAAUGUGUUGUCAAUGAAACAUUACGAGUUGCCAACAUCAUCAGUGGCGUGUUUAGGAGGGCAAUCACCGACGUAAAUAUCAAAGGCUACACAAUUCCAAAGGGAUGGAAGGUUUUUGCAUCAUUUCGUGCAGUACAUUUGGACCAUGAUCACUUCAAAGAUGCUCGCUCUUUUAACCCAUGGAGAUGGCAAAAGACUAGUUCCGGCUCCACCACGCUUAAUGCUUUUACGCCCUUCGGAGGAGGUCCCAGACUAUGCCCUGGUUAUGAGCUUGCCAGAGUCGAGCUCUCUGUCUUCCUUCAUCAUCUCGUCACUCAAUUCAGUUGGGUUCCGGCAGAGGAUGAUAAGUUGGUAUUUUUCCCAACAACAAGAACACAGAAGCGCUAUCCAAUCUAUGUGACGCGGAAGAAAGACACUACACACUCAUCCACCACACACGUCAAGGGAGGCGAGGCGAGUCGAGUCGAGUCAGGUUUCAAUAUGUAGAGGGGAGUCUAAUGUUUCUGUUCAUCUUGUAUGAAUAAGAUUAUAUGCUAAAUUAAUAAGUUUUAAUUAUAUACACACAAUAUGGAGCUACUCAAGUAGUAC